GCCCGGCUUCCCCGGGGCAUGCCAUUCGGGAGAGAAAAGUAACUCAACGCCGGCCGCAGGCGGGGUCGGGUGAUGUAACAGGAAGCUCUGAUGUUUCACUGCUGCCGCCGCUCCGCGCUGCCAUCGGACACGCUCUCGGCGCUCCCGCAGCAGCGCUGCUCCGCCGGGAGAGCCGCCAGCCUCGGGCUCUGGAUUACACCCAGCCGGGGCACUGCGCUCUCGCCGCUCUCAUUUGGCCGUGGAGGGACUGAGCGAGACAUCUCCUCACAGCUUCAUCUGAAAGCGUUUUCGUGAAAACUCCGCGUGUUUGAGUUCAUUCAGCUACAACAUAAAAUUCACUGCACCAGAUUUAAAAAUGACAAAAAUCUGGAUCACAUUUUUGCUAUUCUUCUUAUCGGUUACUAUGUUCUUUGCCACUGCUACACCAUCUGAGGGGCAUCAGAACACGACAAUGGACUUUGCCCAGCUGAGCGUUACACGGAAUAAAAUCAUGACAGCCCAGUAUGAAUGCUACCAGAAGAUUAUGCAAGAUCCUAUCCACAAGAAAGAAGGUCCUUACUGUAACAGGACCUGGGAUGGCUGGUUGUGCUGGAGCGAUGUUGCUGCCGGAACCGUGUCAGUGCAGCGUUGUCCUGACUAUUUUCAGGAUUUCAACCCAUCAGAAAAAGUUACGAAGAUCUGUGAUCCAAAUGGGAAUUGGUUUAGACACCCAGAAAGCAACAGGACAUGGACAAACUACACCCAGUGCAACAUCUAUACACAUGAAAAAGUGAAGACUGCUCUGAACUUGUAUUACUUGGCCAUCAUCGGACAUGGCCUUUCAAUUGCAUCACUUCUGAUUUCUCUUGGCAUAUUCUUUUAUUUUAAGAGCUUGAGUUGCCAGAGGAUUACCCUGCAUAAAAAUCUGUUUUUCUCUUUUGUUUGCAACUCUGUUGUAACAAUAAUUUCACUGACAGCAGUUGCCAACAACCAGGAAUUAGUUGCAACUAACCCAGUUAGUUGCAAAGUGUCACAGUUCAUCUACCUGUACCUGAUGGGUUGCAACUACUUCUGGAUGCUGUGUGAAGGCAUUUACCUGCAUACUCUGAUUGUGGUGGCUGUUUUUGCUGAGAAGCAGCACUUGAUGUGGUAUUACCUUCUUGGCUGGGGUUUUCCACUGAUCCCUGCCUGCAUACAUGCUGUUGCAAGAAGUUUAUAUUAUAAUGACAACUGUUGGAUCAGCUCUGAUACUCAUCUGCUUUAUAUCAUCCAUGGCCCUAUUUGUGCUGCUCUCCUGGUGAACCUUUUCUUCCUGCUGAAUAUCGUUCGUGUUCUCAUAACCAAGCUGAAAGACACCCACAAGGCUGAAUCCAACCUGUACAUGAAAGCAGUGAGAGCCACCCUGAUUCUUGUCCCACUCCUUGGCAUCGAGUUUGUGCUGUUCCCAUGGCGACCAGAGGGCCGGAUCGCUGAGGAGGUGUAUGACUAUGUGAUGCACAUCCUCAUGCAUUACCAGGGUCUACUGGUGGCUACAAUUUUCUGCUUCUUUAAUGGCGAGGUGCAGGCUGUUCUGCGAAGGCACUGGAACCAGUACAAGAUCCAGUUUGAGCACAGCUUCAGCCACUCAGACGCCAUGCGCACAGCCUCCUACACCGUGUCCACCAUCAGCGACGUGCAGGGCUACGGCUACAGCCACGACUGCACCAGCGAGCACCUGAAUGGCAAGGGCUACCACGACAUGGACAGCAUGGUGCUAAAGACUGAGAAGCUCUAUGGCUGAUGGGCUGCCCAAGCUGGCCUGUGCCCACGGGAAUCCACAGCUGAUUCAGUGACUUCAUGGCCAGAAGAUGUUACCUGACUUGGGAUAUGUUAUGCUCCUGAAUGAUGCAAACUAAACCAACACGUUUCUCAUACAUAUGUGUGUGUGUGUGUGUAUAUAUAUGCACACACAUGCAUAUAUAGAUAUGUUUGUGUUUCUGUGUAUCUAUACAGUAUGGACAGCUGUACAUAUAUAUCUAUAUAUAUAUAUGUGCAUUUAUAUAAGGAUACAAACUUUGCCUCUUCAGUUUCUACUGUGUAGACAAAGUUGGCAAAUUUUUGUACAAAGGGAAUCAAUGAAGGAUUUCUUAUUUUCUUGGAAGUUUGUAUAAGAGUGUGCUGUGUUGAAGCCACUUCAUUUGCCUAUAGAAUUUUAGAGUGUAAAUACAAUACUCUGUUGUCUUAAUUCAACCUAAAAUAGAACAAAGCAAAAUGGUUUAAGUAGGUGCAAUAAUAACAAGAAGUUUUCCAGGUUCUUUUUUUGGUUCAGCAUUUGUUUGGCUGUCAAAAAAGCCUGACAGGUAGUCUGAGAUAACAGAUUCAAAGACAGAUACUGCUGUUUUGGUUAAAGAGAUUGAUGCUUUGGUUUGGCCAGUUGGGUUUUUUUUUCCCCCCACUCUUUUACAUCAAGCACAGAGACCCCACUUCCAGCAUGAGUCUUGAUGUACUUCUAAUCUGCAGUGUAAUACCUUGCACCAAGAUUUCAGCAAUUUUAUUUAAGCUAUUUCAGGAUUUUCAGAAGCGUCUCCUUCUCCUGAAGUGUAUCGAAGUUUCUUCUGGAUUUAACAAAGUCAAGAUUGAUGAGGCCUCACUGCCAGAGAGAAAAGGAGUAACCUGAGUCACUCUAAGUCCCUCCAGACACUCGUAGUACCUGCAGCGGGUGGAACUUCACUGUGUACUUAAGGACUUUACUCAACUGGAGAUCAUGUACAGAAUUUUUUGUAGCAUUAUUCUGGUUUUACUUUUAAGUAUUUCCCUGGCCAUAUGCUUGAUAACUUAUUCCUAUUCUUGGGGCAAAGUUUUGGUUAAUUUUGUGGCUGGUUUUGGUGUCUGAGAUAAGCAUGGAAGACUGAACACAGUGCACAUGAUCUGCUACCUUUAAAGCCAGUGUGUGAGACUCAGACUAAUCAAGCAAACUAAUGUUAGUAAUUCUCAUUAUUUGGAAAAUCCAGUAUAAACUUUUUAUUAUAAAGGUUCAAAACUUUAUGGAUUGAGAAUUUCAGUAUUAUUUUGGAUUGGUUGAUUCUGAAUGUCUCAGUUAGUUAGCUAAGAACAGUACUUUAUAUAUUGUUUCUUUGGUUCUGCUGCUGCAUAAAGGUCGCACUGAAAACUAGGAGGUUGUCAGGAAGGUCUUGAGAAAAUGUGUCCUUUUAAAAAUUUAUGUUUUUGUUAAAUCUUUACCCUUUAAAAAAGAGUAGUUUUGUUAAGUGAAAUGACAAAAAUGCUCAAGAAUGAGGGCAUGAAACGAGGUGAGUUCACUGAAAAUUACAAAUGUAAGAAAAAUUUUUAUACCUUUCAUUGCAGAUAAGUCUACUUGAAGUGGGGAAAAACCAAAAUUAAGUAGAAGAAAAAGUAGAUGCUGGAACUCAGACUGUUUUGCUAAUGAACAUAGAUCUGGUGCAUGUAGGCCAGUCAAAAAAACUGGAAGACAGUUCUUUCUGAGACCACUUCAGUUUUAAAUAAUUUUGCAUACAGAAUUAUUGUGUACAAAACACCUUGACUUUGACAUGUAAACAUUUUUGUCAGUAGCUUUUCUCUAAGCUUCAUUAGUGUCUAGGUAAUUUGCUGUCAUGGUGUUUAUUACUUCGUGACUUCAAAAGGCUUUAAAUGCUUUGUAUUUAGAAAAAAAAAACAUUAGGAGGAUGUGGCAAGCUCAUGCCACUUGAACCUUCCUAUAGUUUUUUACAGUUCUUAUGUCUGGAGUUUGAACAUAGAAGGUCUUUUAUUAAUGAUUUAGUUUCACAAUAUAGAAUCUCAGCUAGGAUGCACAAAUAAAGAUUUCUCCUCGUCUGCAAUGCUGUCUGGUCAGUUGAUUGGAAUGAUUUGAAGAAUCUCUUGAAUUGUGUACUGUAGAGUAGUGUGAGAUCUGGCAAUCAGAUGUCACAGUCUCUUAAAUUGUAAGAAUGACAGAAACAAUGUCUGCUACAACAUGAGUAGAGGUUGCUUACAGCUCUGCUUGCUGAUCUGUAUAGUGUUACUUAAAAUUUGUGCAAUGUUCUGAAAGUAUCAGUGGUGCAGAAAAUCCCUGCUCUGCUGCAGCAGCUUUACAUUUGUGGGACCAGAUCAUCAGCUGCUAUAAAUCUGUCUUGAGUUCCCUUUGCAGAAUCUACAGGUACCACUGAGACUCAAAGCCCCAACAGGUGUCUGUCCAUUUUAGUGUGCUGUAAGUCCUUUAUGGCAUAUUAUUAGACUAUUAUUUCAUAGUACCUGGUGGGUUGUUGUUGUAAUUAACACAGAGCUGUUGGUUUAGACUUUAAUUAGGCUUCCUUCUCAGAGAGGCAGUUCUAAUUUAACAAACUAUAGAUUUUGUCAUUUAAUACCAAAUAUAUAUUUCUAAUUGCUCUCUGUCCUCUAUUAGAGAAACCUGUAAUGGUAAUUUAGGAGGGAAAAUUGUUUUUAUACAGAAAUUAUCCUACUUCUAGGUGGACAAUCACAGCUUGCUUCUAGGCACACACACACACACACACACACACACACACACACACACACACACACACACACACACUCCCCCCCCCCCCCCCAAUCUUCACUUUGGAAA